AUGCUUUUCAGAGUCCAAUCGCUUGCGAGAGUUGUCGACAACGGAAGAGAAGGUGCGACAGGAAGUUGCCAUUCUGUCUCCAAUGCAGCCACGAACCCGGCAGGUGUCAGUAUCCUGAGCAGAGCAAGAGACAACAACAGAGGAAUUCCUAAUGGAUAUCUGAACAAACUCGAGACUCGUCUGGCAGAAACCGAGGCUGCCCUGUUCAAGGUCCUUUCCGGGCAUCUAGACAGCCAGACGUAUGAAUCAGCUUCAUCGCCCGCUUUGUUAUCACAAGCAGCAUGGACGCCUAGGCAGAACAAGGUCGACCGCGUCAAGGAGUGGGAUGGUCUUCCCUUGCAGACUCCCAACGACAUCCAAGCUUGGUAUCGGGCCAAAGCCACCGAAACCAAUGAUGUGAUUACGGACUUGCCGGCCGCAAGCCCUCAGUCGCUCAUCUCAUCGGUUUCUGACCAGCUCGUGAUUCCUCCGUCUUCUCAACGGUCGAUGUCGAAUCCGCAUGUUGCCAACGACAUACCAAUCGAGCCACAGUUCAUGGAGCCCAUGACUCCCGUCAACACAAGCCGUGGUGCUAAUGGAGGAGUUUCCGAAAGCCACAGCAAGGCCAAGGAGCUGUCGAAGUCGCAGCACAACAUCUACUUCUGA